UAUUAUAUAGUUCGUUGUCAUUAUUAAGAUUGCGUGUGAACAGGCUUUAUUUGGUAAAAUCCUUAUCCCAACCAAUCCAUAUCAAUCCAUAACCUUUGUCGAUGGAUAGGCGGCUAUUGUGGGAGGAUCUCAACCCUCUCAAGUAAUGUACAACACGACACAGUUAUGUUGGAUGAGUCGUCACAAUAGUCCAGCGGCGACAUUAUGUAAGUGUGCAACCCGAACAGCAGUCAUUUAAGAAACGUCAACAGUGUUUUUAUAGCCCUUGCAACUUUCCGCGGCUGCUUUCCGAGUCCUCAAACUCGCGCUUUCUGAGGCCUUUUAUCAACUCUUGAAUAUUCCAGCACUCACCACCACUAUGACUUCAAUUAGCAAUGUCUCUUGUUUUAACGAGGCCAGAAGAGUUGCUAUUUUUGGAGGCACACACGGAAAUGAAAUGUCAGGCAUAACGCUUGUAAAUCUAUGGAUAAAGAAUGGGAAAGAGAUCCAAAGAAAGGGAGUUGAGACGAAACCCUUUAUAACGAACCCAAGAGCCGUGGAGAAAUGCACUAGAUAUGUGGACACAGAUCUGAAUCGAGCGUUCACGACAGAGAAUCUCAGCGCCCCUAGUGGUGACGACCUGCCAUAUGAGGUCAAGAGAGCCCAGCAGAUCAAUGAGAUAUUUGGACCUAAAGGAAGCCCUGAUGCCUAUGAUGUCAUCUUUGACCUCCACAACACCACCUCCAACAUGGGUUGUACACUCAUACUGGAGAGCUCCAAAGACCAUUUCAACCUCCAGAUGAUGCAUUACAUUAAGAAAGCCAUAGCUCCAGACAGUUGUCCUGUUCUCUUGACUGAACACCCGCUGCUCAAGUAUUCAACUUCACGUUCUGUGGCCAAGCACCCCAUCGGUCUAGAGGUUGGCCCACAACCUCAGGGGGUUUUGAGGAGCAACAUCUUUGAGUCUAUGAGGGUGGUACUAAAACAUGCCCUGGACUUCAUUGAGCUCUUCAACGAAGGCUUGGAGUUUCCACCUUGUUCAGUGGAUGUGUUCAGAGUUUGGGAUAAGAUGGACUACCCCAGAGACACCAAUGGCAACAUCAUUGCUAUGGUGCACCCUAAUCUACAGGACUGUGACUGGGAGCCCUUGAACCCUGGUGACCCUAUGUUCCAAAUGUUUGAUGGGACAACCGUCCGCUACGAAGGUGUUGGCACCGUCUAUCCCACGUUUAUUAACGAAGCUGCUUAUUAUGAGAAGCAGCAGGCGUUUGUAACCACCAGACGAGAGACCUUAGUAGCUGGGGCUAUCAAAAAGGCAUAGUGUGUUGUAAGCCCCAGCAAUAUUUUAUAUUAUUUACAAUUAAUCUUUAUAAUGUUAUAUUUAUACACAUUAUUUGUAGUUUUCCUAAAUGACACUCUUUAAAAAUACAUUAUAUCUUUCUUACGGCUUAUUAGAGAAUUGUUUUAUACUCUCUUUACUUGACUAAUUGAUAUGUUGUUAUAAGGUCCACUAACUAUGCAACGUACAGUCACUGUGAAUAAAGCCACUGCUGUUUUAUAAUGAAAUGAAAUUCCACAUAACUGCUCAGGAAGUUGGGCUGUUUGCUAUGAAAUCAAAAUAAUAACCUACAACAUGUGACUAUUUAUGUUGCAUCUAUUAUGCUUACAGUUAAGUUGUUACAACCAAUAAGCUAGCGAGCUUGGCCUUAAAAUACAAUAAAAGAAGCUCAUUAAUGCUACCAAACCUCUCUAUACAAUCAACGCUACCUAACCUCUCUAUACAAUCAGCGCUACCUAACCUGUUCUAACAUUUCUGUUAGAGCGGGAUGAUAAUGACCACUUGCAAAUAGCUGAUAUUGCUUAUUAUGAUAAUUAGCCUAACCAAAUAAAUGUUAAAGAUUCAGUCUGUUUUUUUGCCACUGGUUGUAAAAGUGGCGCUGUGGAGCUACAGUAAAAGGGUUCCCUAAAUAUUGUGUGCUAUGUCAUGCCAUGGACACCACUGGAAUUUCAUAGCUAACUGAGGUAUGAUCAUACUUAUAGAUUACACACACAUUAAUAAGAUGUUACACAUCAGCUCAAAAUGGAAGAUUUAUUAAAUUAUUUGGUUAAUCGAUAAAAUCCCAGACUAUAUUUUUAAGUUUGGAAUUGAACACAGUUGCUAACAGUUGAUUGUUAAUAGGACGACUGAUGGCUACAUCAAUCAUACUAGAUGUGUGUUAAAUAUGGUGCACAUCAAUGUUUAAAAAAGUGUUAUAUUUAACUGCAUCACAUCAAUUGGCAAUUUAUUGCAAUAUGGAUAUUUUUUUCUCAAUAUGGCCCAGCUCUAAUUUAUACCAUGUUCUAUUAAGGUGCUGUUACUAUUGUCCAACUGUGGCCUUAUAAGUGAUUUCUAUGAUAAUUGCAUAACAUUUCUGAGGGACAGUGUAAUUUGUUUCCUAAAUGUGGAAUAAAUGAAGAUGAUAUUUUGAUAUGAAGUUGAGUUAUGUAAAGGUUAUUUAUUUUUCAUGUGACUUGUGUGGUGUGUUUUAAACAUGUCUAUUUACAUGUGUAUGGUCUCUGAAAGUAAACGUGUUAUGACAUAGUUUUUAUUUUUGAUGUGCUGUUAGUGGGAUUUGAUUAUGAAGCCUGUCAUGAAAUACUGUAUGUAUUAUACGAUCAUUUCCUUUGUGUCCUACACAUUGUACAAUACUUUCCAGUGUGAUUUUAAGACUUCAUCCCAAUCCCUAAAAACAGAAUAUAUUUGUGGUAUAUGCCAUGAGUUUAAAAAAAUAAGUGAUGCAAUAAAUAUUAAUGUUUGCGUUAUACCACCAGUAAUUUGAUCAUAGUGGCUUUUAUCAUAAAAUUCUGAUCGUUGAAUAAAAAACGAUUAAAUACUGUACGUAUGAUACAGUGCUUUUGUCAUUAUGCAAAAUGACCACAAGAGGGUGCCACAGCUCCAUUAACAGCCCAUUCAUAUGUCAUUGCAGUACUAAAGGCCUAAAUGGUCUUGAGGUCAACAAAUCAUAUUUGUAUCUUUUUCAGCAGUUGUAUGCCAGUCAAUUUGCCAGAAACAUUCUGAAUUAUUUAACAGGUGCCUCACCUCUUCACAUUUCUUGUUUAUCUGAGGAUAUUAUUUUUGCUACAAUAUAAAAAAAUAUUUUGUAAAUGUGAUUGGCAUGGGUAUCUGUUAAACAUGAAAUACAUUUUGCAUAAUACUUUAGUAUUAAUUAUAUUAUUAGGAGAAUCCAAACAACUUGAGGGGGAGAAUGAUCUUCUAGUUCUGGGCAAGGACCCAACAGGCCACUCAUACCCAACAGGUCAUUUAUACCAUCUCCUCAGUGAUCUUUGUUUUGGUUUCUAUUGGAAGGCAUCUCAGAUUUACUGGAGGUUUCUCUUGGCGGGUGUUCAAGUGUAUCAUUGGUUGGAUGCAUCCUUGUGUAAUAGAUUUCAGAUGAUUUCA